UGCCCCGCUCAAUGGAGUCAUCUUCUCCACUGAGGUUCCUCACAAAGGUCUGGGCUUUACCACCACUCUGCGAGGUACCAGGGAAACACGGCAAGCACAUCGCAGCAUUGGGCCCGAAUCAUGCUAGGUGGGUCCGGCACAAACCAAAGAGUGAGGAAGAAUCACACAGAAAGGGGCCGGAUUGCAAAAGAAAAGUGGUUCGGAACCAGCUGAAGCGAGUGGUGGACAACCUGGAGCAGGUUCUGACUGCACUGAGGGAUGUUCAGCAGGAAAUGAAAGAGGUGGUCCAUCAGAUCGAUUAUCUGACCUCCUGCAUAGACCUGGAUGAAGAAGAGCAGUAUCAGGCAACAGGAGGCGAGAGCUGCUCCUCUUCGGGCUCCCACGAGGUGACGGUGAUCAGCGCUUAUCCGAGGCCAUCGGUGUCCGUCGACCACCGAGGAGCCACUUUCGCCCUGAGGAGAGACCAUCUCAGCGGGGGAAGAUCGCCUCCAAUUGCGUUGCCAUGCCAACUGGGCACUGAGUUGACCAGAACUCUUCGGUUUGAAAGUUCUCCCCAACGAGGAGGGCUGCUAACGUUGGUCAACAAUCCCGAUUCCUCUACUCAGCCGCUCCCCACAGUGUCCCCUCAAAGAAGUCUCCCCGUUAGGCCGCCCACACCCGGACUCUCCCCGUUGACGGUCAAUCUCCAUGCGCCUGGCAGCCCCAAGUCUCCUCCGUCCUCUCCAGGAGGCUCUUCCUCCGUCAUGAUCGGCCCCAUCUCCCCGGUGUCCCCGAAGUGUCAUCCGACCGCCGCGCUCGGCCCAUCUGUCAUCAUCGAGCUGCCGCGAAGCGACCACCAGGCGACCGUGCGCUUCUGUCGAGCCGGGACACCUCGACACCCGCCUGCCAGCUGCCCACCCACGGACUCGGAAACGCCGACGCACGCCGACAAAGAGAGGCGAGCGUCCUCGGCGGGGCCGCCUCUCGCCGGGGCUGCGAGACCGCCAUCGCGGCAAGGCUGCAGGGCUCGCAAGCCUCCGCCUUACCCUCAUCACAGAUUCUCAGACGCUGCAAAGACACUGCAGGAUCCCCGCAAAGCUCCUCCGUACCCCGAGAAGAGAAGACUGCUCUCAACCAUGGUGUGAGACUGCGGCUCCUCCAACAGUCAAUGAUUUCCAUCCAACAGGAGAGUUUCAAGGCCGGGCCACAUCGAGCUGAGACAGACCAGGUUUCCAAGGUGACAGGACAUAGACUUGGGGUGAGUAAGGAAAGAACAGCUUGUCUACAAAUCUCCCUGGUACUUAGGCAGACCACGCACAGGCCAUUAUAACAUCUGUCCGGGUUAAUGUUCUGGUAACGAGAGCCCCUGUGCAGAUGCUCGCUUUGUACCUACAGAUUGAACUCUUCGGGCCUGAUGAUCCCAAAUUGUGGACGCUGACUUGCAUGUUCACUCAAACAGAUUGUGGGCUCUGUUGGUAGUUUUGUGGGGCUUAUCUAUUAUGAUUGCGGUACAAUUGGCAGCUGGUGUAAAGGUGGUGGUGGCCACUGUAUUUAGAAGCUGAUUUUGCGCCUUAGGUAGACUCUGAUGCUUUUAUAUAUAAUGGGACAUUUUGGGACAGCAACGCAAGUGCAAAGUUUAGUUUGUAGCGAUGGAAUUGAAUAUUGAAUAUUACUGAGUUGCAGAAAAGAAAUCUAUCACUCGGAUAAUUUUGGGCAAGACAACAACGGCAUAAAAGCCAUGUUUUGUUUAAUUGAACGUGUCCUGAUUGCUUGGAUCUAUGUGCCUGUCCUGUGUAGCAUUGCAUUGAAAACGUGGGACAGCACACCUAAAAAUCUGAUCUGGGUGAGCCUAGCACCAACUCCCACAGUGUGCCGAAAUGACCCAGGUGCAAGGAAAUGGAGAGUUGAAAGGAGUUUUGUCAUAGGCGCUAUGGCAUGACUCCUUCUUGUGGCUGGCACAAAGCCAACCCUUAGAUUACUCAGAAGCUACAAAAUUGCAUUACUGAGUAGAUAUUCAAAGAUGCAAAAUGAGCGACCACAAGUUGUCUCGGGUUUGACAAAUUCAUUUAUUUGCAUCUAGUCUAGUCCUCCCAGUAUUUUGUGCAUUCGAGUAGAAAGAAAAAUAAAUUCUGCACAGUUUUUUGCCCAUAUGGCAGACAAUCCUGGGCGCCACCGGUUAGUAGCUCAGCUUCCACAUCUGUUUGUGUGACCAAUCAGGUUUGCCGCCAUUCUUUACAUCCACAAACCUUUAGUAAAUCAGGCACUUCAAGAACAACGGAAAAAUGGACCAAUUAGGGAAAUUAAAGGAGCGUUGUUUUUGCAAAAAUGACGAGCAACAACUACUGGGCGCAUUACAACGUUGCGGGUUAGAUAAACGCCACCAGGUGUUGGGAUAUAAUGGGAACUAAUUGCAGCUCAGACUACUUUGGCUCAGUGAUGCACAAGAGUACACGUAGCAAGGGGGAAAGAAGUGAUAAACUUAUCCAGGUCAGAUAAGACUAAAGCAGGGUCUCACGGCGCUGAGCUGACAGGGUCACUGUACCCUCCACAGGGGGCAGCUUGCCAUUGGUUGAGUCCUUCAAGGACCCCUGGUGUUAGAAAAAUCCUAUUGCCUUUGCUGCCUAUGGUUUGACUGACCCGGUCCACAAUCUCCAUCUGUUCCCUUCCAAAUAUCAGGAGAUGCAAAAUAGAGGGGGAGAAGUAUGCGGCAGGUGUGUGUGUGUGUGUGUGUGUGAGAAGAGACUCUUGAAUACAGUCCUGAUUCAUUACAGCACCGCAAAGCCAUGUUUUAUUCAUUUAGGUCACUCAUUGCUCACACCAGAGGUGGUUAUGCAGUUUAUUUCAAGCAGGUUCUUUUUUAAAUUUUUUUUUUUUUUUUAUAUAAAGAUUGCUUGGUGGCUUUAGCAUCACUUAAGCCCAAAGCCUGUUUGGUCAUGCUGAAGAAGACAUCAGCUGGGCUUUAUAGUUUGGACUGCAAAAGAAAAUAACCAAACAGUAUGAUUAAAAAAUGAUUUGGUCGUUUGUGGUUAGGCCAAUUUUUUGGGGGGUCUUAGGAGCCCUUAAAACGUUCUUAAGCACCUCCUAAAUGCACUGCUGGGGGUUAAGCCCCCCAAUCCAUAAAACCUAGUGACGGCCCUCAUUUGGUUCUUUUCAAUACAUGACGUGUAAUUGUUCUAAGUUUAGUUUAACAGUACACUUCAACAGGGACUGGCACUAAACGGCUUGAAGCCUCUUUUUUGAAGAAAUGUUCACUAUUUGCCAAACUGCUGCUUAUUGUGAAGUGAGUUGAAUUGAGUUCACUGCAUACAGCGUUCAUAUCUCAAGUUUUCACUCGCAAGUCAAAGCGACAAAAAAAAAAUAAUCAGCUGAAUGACUGCUCCUAUCUAAAAAAAAACAAAAACUCAUAAAUCGUGUCACUUGUAUAUCAAGGCACCACUGUAUUUGGGUUUAUUAGGUUUAUCAGAUUUUUUUUUUUUUUUUUAGCCUAUCCUGCAAAAUAAAAUAAAACAUCUUUGCUGUUUAUGUGCUCGGGCUAAAGCCCUGUCUCAUAUAAAAAUAUUUCUUUGGCACCAUCUUGCAGCAUAUUGAUGCCAAAGAACUAUGUUGAAGUACAGGGAAGACCUUCAUUCAGGCCGUAGCCCUGUCUCAUAACAAAAAAGUGCUCUGCCGCCACCUUGUGUCAGCUAUAGGCAAUUCUAGCCCUUUUUAGUUGGGAUGUAAAUUACAGGUUUUUGCUAUUCCUGGCAGGACUCGACCGUCCACAUACACACACAAAAAAUUAGGUGACCUCUGAAUUGUACCACUUUUGGGCCAUUUGACUGUUUGAGGCAAAUGAUGAGAACAGAGACAUCUUUAUUGCCAAUCUGUGACCUUUGACAGUUGAGUCAAGUCAAGUUGAGCUCAUCAAAAGUGGGACAUGAAAGUAUUUACAUCUCAUGGCAGUCUUUAUCAGAUGGCCGCCGAGAUAUUUUGGAGGGAGCAGCAGUGAGGCGGACCAGCUGGCAAACAAAGUCGUGUCUGCCCAGCAGCAACAUCAUGAGUGGACUUUUAUAGCACGCCAUCACAAUCUGCCCUGCUUCUUGCCAGCGUUGAGUGUAGUUAGAACAAAAAAGGGAUUUUUAUAUUCUGUUCGGGGGGAAGAGCAAGGGGGGGGGGGGGGGGGGGGGG